UGACCAAGUCUUUGAUUGAUUUUAUUUAAUUAUCAUAUUAUUUUUUAUUUUCAUCAUGCUACACGACGUCGAAGACUCUUCCCACAAUGCCGGCCCUCUCAUCGCCAGCCUUCUACCAUUUCUUCUCCUGGUCCUGACAGUGCGUUGGUUCCUUCGUUCAGAAAAGAUCCCUACCGUCAGCUCAGGAUUUCCCGUUCUGGGAAACCUGCGAAAAUACACCCUCGACCCGGUUGGGUUCAUUUCUGCCGCCACCAGCAGCCAUGGACAGUGCUUUACUGUGUCGAUGUUAUUCGGCCGCACGAUCUGGCUGCGAAGUCCUCAACUGAAUAAGGAAUACCUAGAAACACGAGAGGAUGUAUGGUCGUUUGGCGACGGGAUGGGUCUGUUCCUCAACAAGAUCGUUAUCCCAGGAUACUUUGACCAUCUACGCAGCAUGGUCGGGUCCUUGAGUCGAGGGAUCUCGCGCAAAGCUACUCUCGAGAGAUAUACCCAGAUCGCGGACGAAGAAGCCAUCAAGACAGUCCAUAGUUGGACCGGCAGCAGCGGACAGUCCGUAGCGCUCUUCGAAGAAGUCUCGUUCCUUGUCCACAAGAUCAUCGUGCGGUGCUUGAUGGGACAGGACUUUUACGAUCACCAUGUCGAGGAGCUCUACGAUCUGCUGCACACUAUGGAGGCCAACGUUGGGAGUAUCUGGCAUACCAUUCUCCCAGCCUGGGUUCCGCAUGCUCCAGCCCGUAAUCUGUGGAAAUCGCGAGACCGUGUGCAGGAGAUCUUCCGGUAUCGCCUGCAGGAGAGAGAAAAAUGUCUAGAGGAAUGGAACGACCGUCUUGAUUAUAUCUCGUACACUCUGCAGGACCCUGCAACUGCCCAUCUGAGCCGCUUCUACGCUGCACACCAUACACUCCUCAUGUUUGCCGCUCAUACUAGUACUGUUGCGAGUAUCUCCUGGACCAUCUUAGAGCUGCUCAAAUCCCCAGCCCUCCUUCAACUUCUACGCGAAGACCUAGCGACACACUCCCCAGACCAGUCUUCCUUCCUCGAUGCCCUGAUUAAAGAAACAGGCCGUCAUUACUCCGGUAACAGCGACGUCCGCUGGGCCCGGAAACCCAAGACCCUGCGCACCGACGUCGCCUCCAUGGCAGGAACCGAGAUCACCAUCCCUGAGGGAACUAUCGUUUCGAUAUCUCCCUAUCUUACCCAUCACGACCCUGCGGCUUGGGAGAGGCCAGAUGAAUAUCUGCCUGAACGAUGGUUGCAGGAUACUAACCUGGCCAAGAAGUUGAACGACGGCGGGCAGCUGCGGUAUAUACCGUUCGGGGCUGGUAGUCAUCGGUGUCCUGGUGAGAAAAUGGCGAUUCUGAUUUCCAAGACGGUUGUCUCGAGUAUUGUGAAGAACUGUGAGAUAUCCUGGGGAGAGGGAAGCAGCGAGCAGACUCUUGGGGGGCUGGAUUUCUCCAAGGUCGGCAGUCCCUGGCUCAAGGGGGAUGUGCAGGUGCGAUUCGCCUAGUAUUUUAUCGUAUUCUCUUAGCUGUUCAGAAUGCAUAUUCAGCUUCCCGGUGCAUAAAUAUUCUAUCGUUGUUAUAUUAUAAUGGGGUAUAUAUAUAGUAUUCUCGGAAGUAUAGAAUGAUAUCGAAAUGGUAGAUAUACCGUCAACUGUGACUAGAGGUACACCAUCUUUCUCUUGCAUGAUGCAAACAGUAUAUGGUAUCAUGGUCGAUAUAAUAUUCUCAGAUAAUGAUACCACUCACAUUGUCUAUACUUGUAUACCAGUAAAUCGAUCAAUACGCAGCCCCAGGAACAUCCGCCAAACCAACCUUCAG